AUGGCUGUCCCAGACAUCGACGACGCGGUUCGCGAUCUGGUCUCUCAUCUUGAAGGCGAGUUGAAAGCUGAUCGGCUGGUGGAGUUGAAAGACGCGAUCUUGGCGCCAUUCAAAAAGCCGGCCGAACUCAUCGCCACUGCUUCGCUUCGUCCGCUGUACAGCCUACUAGGCAACGCCAAACGAAACCCGAACUUACAACUGCAUCCACGCACUCUUGCCGGCAUUCUUUCACUCAUACUUCAUGCUGUACCGUCUCUUCAGCAACAGCGCGCGGUCCACAGCCUCUUGGACGCUGUUGGAGUCUAUCAAUCCGAGGAAACGUUAUCAGCCGCUCUGAAAAGCCGCAAGCUUGAUGUCAGCACCAAUGAUUUGCAUAGCUACCAGCGAUCUCUCACCAAGAGCUUGGUCCACAAUGUUGUUAGAUUCAUCAGCGGGGGCUCAGCAACACCAGAGGCUAGGCGCGCGGUCGCUCAAUUGCUCUCUAUCAUGAACAAAGGGACAAACGACCUUGGCACUCUUCUACGGCCAAGCCAGCAUCUUACCGUCCUCGGAGACGCCCUACUCACCUCGGACGAUUACGUGCUGCGUAUCCUGGUUGCAGAUGUGAUGAGAGGCUUGAUACAAAAUGGAGUGGAUCGGACUUCACUUUGGCCUCAUGGAACUGCGCCCGAAAGCAUCGAGAAAUUUCCGUCCGAGCAGCAUGCCACCGAUUCCUGGCUUCUCAAUGCUCGAGAUUACUUGUCGAGCGUUGACCAGAAGCAAUCGUUCAAGGGAGCCGGAUCUGCCUGCUUCUGGAUCAAGAACAUCUCUGUAUUCAGCGAACCGGACUUGGCCCGGGAGGACACCGGUGAUUCCUGCGCAGUGAUUAUCUUGUCUGAACCAGAUAAACUGUUUUCUGUGGCACCAGACAACGAUGACGGUCUCGUGCUUUUUCAAUACCCAGUUCUAGAACCUGGGUGCAUGAUGUUGGAGCAUCAUGGCGCUGAGACACCAGGCAUCCCGACCAGUACCCUCACCUACAAUGACGAUCAAGGCUUCGUUGUAUCGAAUGGCAACAAGACCGCUGUGGUUAGACUGGAGCUCGAAUUUGCAUCUUUCCGCGAUCUCAGAGUAUCCGGCGACGAACUUACGCGAGUUCAGAACAGACUGUCGACUGCUACUGGGUUCCAGGCAGACAGUCAACCUUCGUUGAUUCAGCGCAAGACGUCCUCGGCUUUCAUUGAUUUGCGCGAUGCCGAAGAACAAGCUGUUGUAGAACACGCAGCCAAUACUGAGACUGCUGGGUCUGAUACGCAAGUCAUUAGUCCGCUUCAACGAAAGAGUCAGGACGCCUCGAAUGUGGAGUACCAGGAGGUCUUCCACCAGUUCAUCGCUGCAGGGACUGACUCCGAGGACGACGUUGUGUUUCCAGUACAAUCUUCCUUUAGAGACCGCAUGAGCGCCUCACAAACAACCAAUGAUGGUGCGAAGCGCCCGCAGCGCGGCGCAGAGAAACCCAAGCCAAACAGUAGUGAAGAAUAUCGGGACGCGCCUGCCGCACCGGUGGUCAGUCGCAAACCUCAACCUAAUGUGGCAGUCGCACGGGUCUCCAAUGCACUUACCAAAAUUGCUGCCACAGCAUCCACUGAGUACAACGUCUGCGAGAAAGAUGUCGGCGGCUACAAAAGCGAAAGCAAAGCCGUCUUCAUCUACCUCCGCUCGCAGCUCCUCUCAAGAGACGACGAAGACGACAAGCCGUCUCAGAAGCAGGAUAGUACGCGUUUCAAGAAGCCAGCAAACCCCACCAAGCCUUCGCAGCCAGGAGGCAAGACCGCAGUCAACAAAGCAAGUAAGCCAACCAACUCGGCCAACCAGACGCUUGCGUCGAACCGACUAAGACGUGCCACAAGAUCUCAUGCUCAAACUCUCCGCGAGGCCUCCAGUCAAGCUGACAGUGACGAAGCAGCUUCUUCAGAUUCUGGCCCUAGCGAAAGUCGGAGAAAGUCUGUACUGGCAAGCGGGAUAGAGAACAAGGAGCACGUAACAAAGCACAUAUCUGCUGGUCACAACGAAGAUGGGAGCGAGUUGAGACCGAGGACCAGUGAACGAAGACCGCACAGAGAGGAAGGCAGUAGCGCUGCGCAUCCGGUCGAGUUCUUGGACGACUCGUCGCCGCAUGGAUCUGCAGCUGUUGACGCUGAUGGUCCCGCUAUGCUGAAUGAGAAGACUUCCCGUGUCACAGCUCACACCAGAACGGCUGCCGUGUCCCAAGAUGCCUACGAUACAACCGUGGAAGCCAACGAAGCACAAGAUUCGCAUCCCAUGGACAAGUCAGCUGUGGAGGAACAUGCGGCGAAAGGUGACCUGUCCUUCGGAACCAAUGUCCGGAAUCUUCUCACUCGCCUGUCUACCACAAAAUCACACGAGGCGACGUUGAAAACUGGGAAUGACAACGCGACGGAUUCGACGACGAAGCCAAUGACCCCGUUUGGCAACAAGACCAAGUUUGUUGAUAGUAUCAAGAGCGCAAAAGCUAAGUCCGCACGUAAGCAGCCCCGGAAGUCUUCAGAAGCUACACGGCAGAGUCCCCAGCCUCGUGGUCAUGGACCGGAUGCUGACCAGCCACGUCCCGGGACCAAAGAACUUUCGGCCCUUGGCAAUAUCGUUGACCAGUUCAACGACUUGCAUGACGCCCCCAGUCCGGACACGUCUGCGGCUGGCAGUGCUUCAUUUGUAAAGCACACCGAGGCAGUCAUCGAUCAUCUUGGGAUGGGCGCGUCUGCUAGGGAGGCUAAGAACCAAGAUCAUGCUCCUCACGCGGCUUCUGUAGUCGCCUCAGAGGCUGCAACAGGUUUAGAAGCCGGCCCAUCGAUUCUGGAGGAUGACACAACUGCUCAAGAUGUCUCUGUGACAGAGUCCUCGGACCUUGUCGAUUCUGAGAUGGUUCCACGAACCAAAUCUGUAGGCAGUGAAAAGCACCCCCUUUCUAUCUCGCUGUCGAAGCGACAAGUCACGGACCUCCGAUUCGGAUCGAACGUCGGCCAUCCAGGACGAAAGGCCACUCCAAUUGCCAAGGAAUCGGUCCGGAGACCGCGUGCAUCAAAGGCUACAUUGGACGCCACUCAGCGCAACGAGCCGGUCUUAGUCCGACCACCACAGUCCGAGGCCAAAAAGUACGAGCCACGCACUCCAGGCGCAAACCUCAAAAAGCUCCGCACGCCCACGGCAGCCUUGUCAAGCGAGAAAAGUGCGAGCAAGGCGCCAGUGAUAAGCUUUGGCCCAAAUGGUGCUCGCAACCAGGGUCGACGAAUAGACUCGCCGUCGAAUCCCAGCCCCGUCAAGACCACCACGUCUGUGAAGACUCGCAAUGGAGGUGCGUCAAUGCUGAAACAAGUCACCACGAACAAUCUACAGAACGGUGCCCUGGCACCCAAUAAGACACAACGGCUAGUGGCAUCAUCUCUGCGUCCCAAAGACUCAUCCGAUGAGACGGAUGAGAGAGAUGCGGGACGACGGGACACUGAGCUUGAGGCUCUUUCCGCCCAGUCAGAUGAAGGCAUCAUGAUGAUGGAGGAUGGCGGUCCUAAUGAGACGGCUCUCAACGAUGUACACGAACGCAACGUGGAAAUAGGAGCCAUUACAGUGGGAGAGAUGAAUGUCCCGGGCGUUUCAGUCUCCAAACCUGUGGGAAGUCGACGUGGCGAGCCCGCACAGCCUGUCUCGGCCAGGACUCGUAAUGUCGAAGGCAGAACCGCCGCAUCAAUCGAUGUCACGGACAUUGACAUUACUGGCGGCGAAGAAGCUCGCGGUGGCAGCAACGAGGUCACCGAUAGGCACCGGAAUACGACGGACGUAAUGAAUCUGACAGCCUACGAAGAAACCACUGAAUCGUCCUCGUCUGAGGAUGCUAGCCGCAACGAAGAAACCUCCGAAUACGAAGAUUCGGCGGCAGAGCUAUUACGAAGUGCCUCGCCCUCGGCACAGGACGGCAGGCGAGCGAAGACUGCAAAAUUGGCCCCUGCAAUUCUAUCGGACGAGCCUGUCGACAACAAAGUCAGGGUUGUAAAAGCUAAGGACCUUCGACCGGCUCCUAGACAAUCAAUUGGUGUGGACACGUUCAUCACGACAACACACCCAAAAGCAGCCAGAACAAUCAAGACUGCGGAUUUCAAGAGGCCUUCCAAGAAUGUUCAGCGAGAUUCAACAGCAGAUGCUCGAGUCUCGAGCAAAAUACGAGGCAAGGACUCUGAUGCACUCCAAUUUCCCUCCGGGGUCGAGGACACUGUUGCAGCAGCUCUGAGCACCACAGACCCGGAAUAUGGCUCAAUGCGGCCUCCGGCGAUCAGGGCCUCAACUGAAUCAACUCGCGUUGCCACCACAGCUUCUGCGGGGCGCCACAACUCGACUACCCAGGAUGCUGUGAAGAUACCUCAGGUCAUUGCAAGAGAGCCUGAAGAACAAGCCGCAUCUUUCUUCCCAGAGCGUGUCAAGCCGACAGGAAUUUCUGAACCCGCUACACAUGGAGAAGUUGAUCAGCCACAAGGGACCCCGGCACCUUUCCACACCAAGCUCGCAGAUGGGAUGAAGCAACAUCAGCUUGACCGGGCAUUCGAGGCUGAGGUUGACAACGACCCUACCUUGGUCGAGGCCGUGCAAGCAAAUAUUGACAGCUUCCUGUACACUACUCGUAGUCUGCCCGCAAGGGUAUCUUCCAGAAGACGGCCAAUGCCUCCCGAUUCAUCAUCUGUUGAAGACGAGGACGAGUGGCAGCAUGAUUUGCAGAACAUGGAAGUUUCACAAUCUCAUCGCCACAUCUUCGAUACUAUGCUUCAGCUUUCUCAGAAUGCGUUGUUGAAGCUCGUUCGCGAGGAAAAUGCUAUCGUAACGAAGGCGACGGAAUAUGCUGGCGGAAGCAACGAGGUCGUUCGAGAGUGGCAGGACUGUGUUUGUGAUCGCGUUGAGCACGAGAAGACCACACUAAAGCAGAGACUGGAUCAGGCUAGGGAGCACGUCGCAAGUGCUGAAGACAAUGCGCGAAAACUAUGCCUUGUUGCAGGUAUGGCCUCACACGAAGCCUUCAACCUGGAAGGCAUGGAGAAGGCUGUCAUCGACCGAGCCGAAUCGACCAUCCGUUCGUUGGAUGCUCUCAGAGCUUAA